AUGACAAUCGGGGUUGCCCGAGACCACGCGGGAACCCCCUCCCUGAAAGAUACCUCUGCUGCUGCAUCUGCGAAAUUUCCGGGAAAUAUCAAACUGGCCCAAAAGAUGGGUCCAAAAUGGGUCCAAAUGGAUGGCCAGGUGACCUGGGGAAGCCGGUCCACUCUCAUCCACCUCGUUGGGCCCGACCGGUCUCUGCCAUCGGGGGAGGGGACACCCAGUUACUACUACGGAGGAGUGACUCUGAAACAUGUGGAAUACUCGUUCAAUCGCCCUCGGUGGUCAAAACUGCGCCCCGAUGGGACCGGCCCAGCAAAACGUCAUUUUCCUGUUCCCCUGUCGCAUCAGGUGACGCCCCGUGACCUGCUCGUGACCUUGCCACUGUUUCGCGUUUCCCGUUUCCCGUUGCCCGCCUCCACUGACUUCCCCCUCACGGCCUCUCGCCUCCUCCAAAUCGAUCCGCCACAUCAGAUCCCCUGCCAGCAGGAUGCCCAGCUCCGUGAUCGACGAUCCGAAGCGCGCUCCUCGGCCACUGCCCUGGUCACCUGUCCUGCCUCCCCCCCCCCUUCCCAUCUUCUGAUCCACGGCGUGCUUCUGGUGGCUUGUGCGGGCGACACGCCGGGCAUUGGGCGGCUCUGCCCACCACCCCGGUCCACGGCCAAAUUUCCCACCCCAUCACGCCGUGCUUGA